AUGAAAAGGGGUUUUUACCUGGAAUUUUAUUUCUCUUUCUGUCACUUUUGUUUCUCACUUUGUCUCUUUCUUCAGCGUUUGUGCACGUCUUUCGGUGGGAAUCUGGCUUCCCUACAAACCGCAGACGAGUACAAGUUCAUCAGAAAGAUGAUUCGUAAAGUGACUGGUGUAGAUAAAGACGCUUGGGUUGGAGGCUACGAUGCAGCAAAGGAGGGUGUGUGGCUGUGGAGUGAUGGUUCCAAGUACGCCUUCAAAGGCUGGGCUGCAGGGGAACCCAACAACGCUGGUGGAAGAGAGAACUGUAUGGAGAUUAACUUUGCAGGAAAAGAUUAUGUCAACGAUGCCAACUGUGAUAUCAACAAAUCCAUUGUUUGUGGCAUGCGCCUGUGAAGAUCUACGCCCUAUGCCAGGUGCUGACACAUCCCCAAUGAAGAUGUCAAAAAACC